GUCACUGUCUGGCUGAUGCGUCCUCUUGAGAACUGGGUAUAUAAAGACCCAGGGCUGCGAGGGAAAGCCAAUCACUGGGUCUCUUCUGUGGGAGAAAUGCCGAAAGCAAUUUUUGUUUCCAUCUUCCUCCUGACAGUGGGGAAUUUAGCCCACUGUCAGGAAUGGGAGAAUCUUCUCUUCAUCAAGAUGGAGGUAUUACUGGAGAAACAGGAAGCAGCCUUAGUGAAGCAAGAAGCAGCUUUGAGCCAGCUGAAGGGAAUGCAGGAGAAACAGGAACAGGUCGAAGGCAAACUUCAAGAAAUGAAGGAGAACCAGGGACAUAUUAAAGGCAAACUUCAAGAAAUCCAGGAGAAACAAGAACACGUCGAAGGCAAACUUCAAGAAAUGCAGGAGAAACUUCAGCACGUCGAAAUUAACCUUCAAGAAUUUCAUCAUGAACUGGAGCACAUGAAAGGUGCAGUGAACAGCAAUCAGGACUCCUUGCAAAGGAUCCAUCAGGAAACCAAAGGCUGCCUCGGAAGGGAGGACUUGGAACACUUCAAGAACAUAUCAUCAGCUGGACAGAGAGAGCUGGAAUUUCUCCUUCACCAAGAAAUAUCUGGAGUCAUCUCUUUGUUGGAGACUGGAGGAAUAGAUGAGUGCUCAGAGGGAAGCCACAACUGCACUGAUCAUGAGGCUUGCGCUGACAAGCUAUACCAAUAUCAGUGCUCCUGUCUGCCCGGAUUUGCACGGGAUGAUUCGCGCUGUGAAGACGUCGACGAGUGCGCCCAAGGGAAGGACGACUGCAGCCCUCUGGCAACAUGCAGGAACUCCGUCGGGAGUUACAGCUGCUCCUGCAACCCACCUUCUGAGGGAGAUGGGGAUUCCUGUUCCUGCCCUUCUGGAUUUGCACAGGAGGGUUCGAAUUGUGAAGACAUCGACGAAUGCGCCGAAGGGAAGGCCGAGUGCAGCCCCCAGGCGACCUGCAGGAACUCCGUCGGGAGUUACAGCUGCUCCGCAACCCCACCUUUCGAGGAGAUGGACGAAAACUUGUGUAAGAUCAACUUCAUCCCAUCAGCUCCCUCAGUGGUGUGGUCGGUAUGGUGUUGGCCUGUCACCUUGGUGCCCGCGAGUUCGAUUCUCGGGCACUCCAUUGAGGGGUCAGUGUAUAUUUCUGGUGAUAGAAGUUCAUCACUCUCCACAUGGUUCGGAAGUCACCCAGAUUUGCUGCUGGAUUUGCAGCAGCACCAAAAUGCAGUGAAUGUUCAGCCUCGCCGUGGAACUGCUCCUCCUCAGUUCGAGAGGUCCUUGAUUCCUGCUGACACCGUUGGAGGACUGUGGAAGAACAGCCUCCCUGCAAAGGACGUCGUGCAAUUGCAACCUCAGAUGUUCAAGCGAAGAGACAAUGCAUUACUGAGCACAAACAAUUCUCUGGAUUUUCAAAGAUGCUGA